GAUUACUUAUCAAGAACUUUGUGACGUUGAUUUUACUUCUUCCAAACGUAAAAAGCAAAAGCUGGAUGAACAUAUCAAUGAAUUAGCUUCUAGUUCAUCAUCUACUACCGAUCAGACAAUGACAACAGACAAGCCUCGUUUGCAAAACAAGUACAAGCCGUCUGAAAAUCAAAUAAAGAAGUUUUAUCAACAUCUAAGCGACACUAAAUGUAAUCCUGCAAUCUUGUCACUGAUUUCUCCAUUUAACGAAAAUUUUGUGCCAAAGAGACCUGCUGUUAACCUUCCAGACCCCUUGAAUAAGUUGUACUCCCACCAAUUUGCUUGUCUUGAGUAUGAGGAGCUAAUUUCGAAAUCAAAAGAAGUUAUGGAGACAAUUACAAUCAAUCAACAACAAGCUGAUAUGAUAGAAAAAGCUAAACGAAAUCAAAGCAAGUCUCAGAUUUGGCAUCAAAUGCGAAUGGGGAGAAUAACUGCCAGCAACUUCCACAGGGCUUGUCGCACAAAUCCUGAAACACCAUCACUAAGCCUGGUCAAAGAUGUUUGUUAUGGUUUACAGUUUAAGUCUAAGUACCCUUUUCUUGGUGCAAGUCCAGAUGCAAUCAGUUACUGCAACUGCCAUGGUGAAGGAUGUGUUGAGAUUAAGUGCCCAUACAGUUUAAGAAACAAGACUAUCCAGCAUGGCAUAAGUGAUGGAAAGAAUUUUUGUCUCACUAAGACACCAAAUGGUACCUUACAGAUGGACAGGAAACACCAAUAUUACUAUCAAGUCCAACUGCAAUUAGCCUCUACAAAGUUAGAGUAUGUAGAUUUUGUUGUCUGGACUCCAAAUGACAUUUAUAUUGAACGAAUUCAGAGAGAUGAGGAAUUCCUUGCUGUCAAUAUUGAAAAAGCAAAAGAAAUCUACAUUUUUGCAAUUUUACCAGAGGUUCUUGCAAAGUUUCACACUUCAAAACCACUUCCAUCAAAUGACACAUUAUUGACACAAGAUUGCAGGAUUACAUUUAGUGUCGCUUAG